AUGGCCCAGAAAGCUGCCAAAACCCUUGCUACUCGCAAUGCUGCUACCCUGUCUCGCACUCACCUGAUUUCGGCUGCCCUGCAUAUCCUUUUCCUCAUUCUCCACUUCGUUUUUGGAAGACCACGCUCAUUGAAGCCAUAUUUCUUCCUGGCUGUCCCAACCUUGGCCAUUGAAUACUAUCUUGACCUUGUGGGUCGCCCAAAAUUCAACCCCGAUGGCUCACUGCGCACCGCAGGCGAGGACCUGAAUGCUACAGGACUAACCGAGUACAUGUGGGAUGUGCUGUACUGGACCCAUGGCUGCAUUUUCGCCGCUUGUGUCUUCAAUGACCGGGCCUGGUGGCUGUGGAUUGUGAUUCCGUUCUACUCGGUCUAUCUGGCUUACACAACAGUGAUGGGUGUGAAGAAGGGAUUCGCAGGAAUGGGCGGUGGCAGUGCGGAAAGCGACGCCCGUCAGGGCCCAAAGAGCAAGACACAGAUGAAAAAGGAGAAGCGAGGCGACCGUCCUAAGCAGCGUGCUGUCCGGUAG